AUGUACCCAUACGCCCCCCGUUUACCUCCAGAGCUCUGGAGCGCGACCAUCGGCUUUGCGACCCACGACGUGCAGCGCACUUGUCGGUUAGUGUCCAUGGCUUGGAGCGAGCUGGCGCGACCUUUUGUGUUCCGGAACAUCGCUCUCGAGUUCGGCGUCCAUCCAAUCGGGCGCGUGGACACGAUUUUUGGUCACCACGCCACUAACCAAGAUCGAGCCACUGUAUUGGCGCAGUUUUGGCGUUGCUCAGAAUUCUUCGACCAUGUUGUUGAGCACCCGUCGGGGCAACUAAUCUUACGAGCCGUCCGGAGUAUGACCGUCCGUUUCCUUUUUAUGGACGAAAUUCUCCAUGAGUUUGAUGAGAAGAUGGAGGAUGUCUUUGUGGACAUCAUUGGCGCAGGUGUGGCCGUGAUGCCGAACCUUCAGGCCUUCCUGUGGACACUCCUCGAUGGCGGCGAGGUUGUUAUGACCCAGCACCUGCUUGACAGCCUGGCGAGGGCCAAGCUGCGGGAGCUAUCCUUCCCCUUCAAGCUGCUUCUGGAGACUUACCAUCUAUCCUGCAUACUUCAGCAUCUGACAGUGCUUCGCCUCGAGCUGCAGUGGAAUGAGAGAGCAAGUCUCGACAGUCAUCUUACAUGUUGCCAAAGGGAGCUAGUGAUGUCCAACGCAGAAACUCUCCAAGAACUCACCAUCACGAGCUACCCCGACUGGGAUUGCGACCUUCCGGCCCUGAGAAACCUUGUCAUCGGUGACCUGCUUCGAGCCGAACCCGACACUAUCCGCCGAGUACUGCGGGGUUCGCCGCUGCUCACCGACCUCACCAUCACCGGGGGCAAAGCUGUAGAGGCGAACGAGUCGAGUCUGGCAGAUGUCCUCACCGUGCUGGGCUCCAUGCCCGGUGAGCUCCCCAUGCUCACGUCAUUCAAGCUUUUGGCCUCGUUCGCGGACGAGCGCAUCACGCCCGACCUGCAACAAGCCGCCCUGAACUUCCUCGCGAAUAAGACGCGGCUCUGCCGGCUUCACAUUAGGCUGUCUCACGCGAGGGAAGCCUGGCCGAUCCUUGAGAUCCUGCCUCGAUUCCCUGACCUCGAGGUCCUCGGCGUCGAGCUUGGGCACGCAGUGCUCACGCCCGAGGUCCUCGGGUAUUACGACCGCUAUUCCCCGCGUAAGCUGACCGACCUCCUCCUGAUCUCCGACUUCCAGGAGGUCAGAGUCCCGCCCGCUGAUAUCCUCUCUCUGUUCAGGUCUCGACCGAACCUCAAGAGCUUGAAGUUCGUGGACCAUCCGGAGUCUCUCCUCCCAGAGGAGCGGGCUCGGGCACCUCACAUCUUAGCCAAGUACGCUGCGCCUUGGCUGUUCGCCCAUCCUCCUCGGUCUCUUGCAUACCUCGACUGCUCCCUGGCUGCCUAG